GGUGUCCGCCCUCCGGCUCCUCCCGCCGCCGCCGCCGCGAUGCUGCUGCUGUGGCGGUCGCGCUGCCUGGGCCGGGCGCUGGGCCGCUCGCUGCGCGCCUUCCGGCAGGGGAACUGUACUCUGGCAAGAUGCUCUCUGUCUGGUGUGGCUGGGAGCCAGGGACUGGCUUACACCAACAGCAGGAACCUUAUAGUAAAUAGCUCCAGUGUCUUCACUGUCCGUUGCUUCAGAACCACUGCAGUACGUAGGGAUGACGUGGUUACGGUGAACACACCAGCCUUUGCAGAGUCAGUCACAGAAGGAGAUGUCAGGUGGGAGAAAGCUGUUGGAGACACAGUGGCGGAAGAUGAAGUGGUGUGUGAGAUUGAAACAGACAAGACAUCAGUGCAAGUUCCAGCCCCGGCAGCUGGUGUGAUUGAAGCCCUUCUGGUACCUGAUGGUGGCAAAGUGGAAGGGGGGACACCUCUGUUCAAACUCAGGAAAACUGGAGCUGCCCCUGCCAAGGCCAAGCCAGCAGCAGCUCCUCCUCCUCCUGCAGCCCCUGAACCUGUAGCUGCGGUUGCUCCUCCCCCUGCAGCAGCACCAAUUCCCACUACCAUGCCACCAGUGCCACCUGUGUCAGCUCAGCCCAUUGACAGCAAACCCGUGUCUGCGGUGAAGCCGGCUGCAGCCCCAGCAGCAGCCCCUCCUGGGGAGGCAGUGCCCACCAAAGGUGCCAGAUCAGAGCAUAGGGUGAAAAUGAAUAGAAUGCGUCAGCGUAUUGCUCAGCGUCUGAAAGAGGCUCAGAAUACUUGUGCCAUGCUGACCACUUUCAAUGAGAUUGAUAUGAGCAACAUCCGGGAAAUGAGAGCUGUGCACAAGGAUCCCUUCCUGAAAAAGCACAACCUGAAGCUGGGGUUCAUGUCAGCGUUUGUGAAAGCUGCAGCUUUUGCCCUGCAGGACCAGCCCGUUGUGAAUGCAGUGAUUGAUGACACGACCAAAGAGAUUGUGUACAGGGACUAUGUGGACAUCAGUGUUGCUGUAGCAACUCCCCGGGGUCUUGUGGUCCCUGUUGUUAGGAAUGUAGAAAACAUGAACUUUGCUGAUAUAGAGCGUGCUAUCUAUGAACUGGGGGAGAAGGCAAGGAAGAAUGAACUGGCCAUUGAAGAUAUGGACGGCGGCACUUUCACAAUCAGCAAUGGAGGGGUUUUUGGGUCACUCUUCGGGACACCUAUCAUUAACCCACCCCAGUCUGCCAUCUUGGGCAUGCACGCCAUCUUUGACAGGCCUGGGGGAGGACACAACCUUUUCACCAUUAACAUGCCCGACACGGGGGUAAGAAGCAGCCCCCAGCAGCUGUCCUUGAAUCACAGCCCACAGACGUGGAUCUGGAUGCUGCCUUCCUGCCUGUGAAGGCUUGACCACCAGAGACAGUUUCAGGGGCUCGGGUCUUUCACUGUCAGCUGCAUCCCAGCCCAGAGCUGCUGGUUUGGGGGGAGGGGGACAGUCCUUAAUCUGAUAGCGCACACAUAUAUGGGGGAGCGAGGGGAUUGCUGGUGCCUGCAGAGUCUAUUACUCUUACCCUCUACACACAACUUGUAACUAAAAUAUUUAACGCAGCAGAUUUUAAAUGAAAUAAAACUGGGCAACAACUGUGAGGUGAGGUGUGUGUGAAGGGAUGAGCAGCAGCUCCUGGCUAGGGCUUGGGCAGCAGCAGCAUCACUAGUGCAGUGUUAAAGAGCCUGGUAGCUGAUGGGGAGAGAAAAGGGCAUGGAAGCUGGACCCAUCACUGGUGCUACUAAAUUGAAACUUCUCUCGCUUUUUGUGAACCCUGUUGCACUCAGACCCUCUUUGGUGCAGAAUUGGCUUUUCCAGCAAAUAAGGGGGUUUUGAGGCUGUCUAGAGACAGAUGAGGACAUCCCAGUGUUUGCUAAUUGGUGUGGUGGCCAGGAGGGAGACCUGGGGCAGGCUCCUAGAAUACAGAUGUGGAGCAGGGUUAGUUUUUACCUGGUACAGCAGGGGAGAGCUGUAAAUCAUGCAGAUGGGGGAAAAGGCUGCUCUGCAUUGUGGAGAGAGAAAGGGUGUGAGAUGAAAGAACUGCACAGCAGAAGCUGGCUGUGGUGCUGUGAGUGUUUCCCCAAGGAGCUGGCCCUGUUGGAAUGACAGCAGCUCGUUCCUGGAUUUGGGCAGGGUUUUUCCAGCUCUGACCUCAAGUUCAGAGGAUGGUUUGUCCUUCCCUGUGCUGAGUGAGGGCAGCAGCCCCUCUUAGCAGCAAAGGACUUCUUGUCCUGCUGCUGGGUCCUGCAGCUUCCUGGCAGUGAUGAACAAACUUCUGCCUGGAGUCAGCUCUCUUCUGAAUGUCCCUGCUUGAGGUGGAAAGUUAGGGAGAGAGGAAGAAACCCUUCCCUGUGCCGAAGGAAGGCUGAAGAGUCUGGCUGCUCUUGCAUGGGUACGUUGAGUGAAAGAAGGUUCUGAUCAAAACUGCUGCUAGCACCCAGCCCUCAGUGCUGGUUUAGGGUACACCGUGACUCAAUAGAUGAGCAGUUGGACGGGCAAUGCCUGUUAUGGCUGGAGCUGCAAUAAAUGAGGCCUUUUAACUAUGCAGGGAGGGAAUGCACAGUCAGGCUCUUAAAAUGAUGCAGCCCAGCAGACUGCUGCAUUGGAUCUGCCUUGCUGGGGCCUGCUGUAGCGGGGUCACGCAGCUGCCCUGCUUAGUGCUUCAUUGAGUUUACUUUCCCCCUCCAGAGUGACAGCUGUGGCACUGCCAUGGGAGGAGAGGAGCACUCCUGGGCUCUGCUUCCCUCUGGCGGCCAUGGGCCAGGCUGACAGCUCAGCUCGGAGCAGGGUGGCACUGCAGGAGCUGGAGCUAAAAAGACACGGGCACAUUUUCCUGGUGCCAGCAACUCCUCACUUAAAGCUGAGGGAAUGCUGGAGAGCGGGACCAGAACGGCACUGCUGCCACUGCCUGCACGGCCUUCAGCCUCAGCCUCACACAAACGAGCACAGAUCUGCUGCUUGGGGCUGUGCACAGGCACCGCCAGUGUUGAAGUCAGUCAGUGGGAAAGGUCAAAGCAGGCAGGAAAGCCUGACGUAGCUCGUCAGAACCACUCAAAACCAGAUGGGACCUGUUCCUUGUCCUGUUUAAUAUCUUUAUCAGUGACCUGUAAGAGGGGACGAGUGCAAGCCUCUUAAGUUUGUGAAUAAAACUGAAGGGAGCA